AUGGGAUCUACGCUGCCUGCCUCCGGCAACGAGAGUAGCAUCGAGCUGAGUAAAAAGAUUCUGCUAGGUGGCUUAAUCACUCAGGUCAUCGCGCUUGGCUUUUUCAUUCUGACUUGUUGGUAUGCGCACCGUCGGAUCAAGCGUGAACCUGCCGAGGUGCUCAGGAAAGAUUCAACCAUCAACUGGCGGAACCACUUCAGAGCGGUCGAACUCGUGACGCUGGUCCUAAUUGUGCGGAGUGUGGUUCGCACAAUCGAGUACCUACAGGGUGUAGACGGGUUUAUUGCAUCACAUGAGGUGUUCCUCUAUGCCACCGACGCCUUCCUAAUGUUCUUCGUCAUGAUCGUCUUCUUGAUCAUCCAUCCUGGAAGGCUCAUUCGAGAUGCAUGCCAUCUGAAGCAAGACAACUGGAACCCAGAAAGCCAACUCAUGUUAAAAACACGCUGA